GUUCGGCUUCAGAUCCGAAGAGACGCCAACAGACGCUCAGCCGAAACUCUUCCAGUUUGUUUUUGCGGCAGAGUUGCGUUGCAGGCCGUUGUACCGCACAUUCACUAGGUCACAACUGUGUAAUAACAGCGACAGAGAUGCCGUCCGACAGACCCUUCAAACAAAGGAGGACAUUUGCUGACCGGUGCAAAGAGGUCCAGCAGAUCCGUGAUCAGCACCCCAACAAGAUCCCCGUGAUCAUUGAGCGAUACAAGGGAGAGAAGCAGCUGCCCGUUUUGGACAAGACCAAGUUCCUGGUACCUGAUCACGUCAACAUGAGUGAGCUGGUCAAGAUCAUCAGGCGUCGGCUCCAGCUGAACCCCACGCAGGCCUUCUUCCUGCUGGUGAACCAGCACAGCAUGGUGUCAGUGUCCACACCCAUCUCCGAGAUCUACGAGCAGGAGAGGGACGAGGACGGCUUCCUCUACAUGGUCUACGCCUCGCAAGAGACCUUCGGCUGCUAGGGAGGGGCAAGGGAGGGGAGGGAGAGCGAGACGUCUUCAGGUGCUGGGAGGGCGGGGAGAGGGGGACUCUUGAUGAGUUAAGAGAGGUAAAUGUUGUCAGAGCUGAUCAGAAACCACCAAACUCCAUGUUCCUCUCCACUUUUGUUGCAUUGCAGGCCCAAGUAGCAGCGACCCGUCAGUCAGUGUACAUGUGACAGACGCCUCUUGUCCCUCUCUCUCUGUCGUAGUCGAGCAUCCUCUUCAUAUUGGUCAGUAAGUACAACACUAGCUACAAAAGCCAGAGGACAUCCUGUGUGUCUUUACUGCCCUCAGAGUUAAAAUUCAGAAUCACACCUGUGGUAGCUCUGAGUGUUUCUAGUUUUAUUUCCUCUCUCGUUCACACAGACCGAAUUAUCUUAUUUUGAAAAGGUGGGGCUAACCAAACACUGACCUUGGAGUUUGGUAAAGUAAAAUUUAUUUUUCCUCCUUUAAAACUAUACAUAUAUAUAUAUAUACAUAUAUAUAUGUAUUAAGACAAGCUAAACUUGAAACAUUGCAAGCCAGUCAGGGUUCAGGAUGUAAUUUGGAGCUCGGCUGAUGACGUCACUGAUAACUGCUUAGAGUUUAGACCCUCUGAUAUGUACGAAGGUGAAAACGCAGCACAGUUAGGUUCAUAACUAUCCGGUAAUUUGCUGUGUCAGUCUAUAUUCAUGUCAUUGCAACAGCAGUAGUACAAGCUAGAAGAUAGAUUCGUAGUGAUUGUUGUUUUAACUUUUGUAACUCAAUUUUUGUUUUUUAAUUAUUGUCUUUUUUGUUUUGAGGUAUUAGCCAUUGUUUAGUUUGUGUUAUAAAGCUAGUUCUGAGUUUGUUUUAAUCAUACAUUUACCGUCAGCCUGAAGCUCAACUUGCCAACUCACCUCUGGCCGCAGAGUAGCUGAUAAUCAGGCUAAAAAUUACUGUACAUUUGAUAGGAUUUACAGUCGUUCUACACGUGCAAUAUUUAUCCCCUCACACCGUUGCAGGUACCCACACCUUGAAUCACACAGCAGCACACUACUCCACUCCCUCCCCUGUAAAGCUUAUUUUAACGUACUAACCGCUCAGUCGCAGAAGGGAAGUUAGCAUUAGCGCCACUAGCCACACGCUGCUACAUCUUGUCAGGAAGGUCAACGGCAUGUUAACACACACACACACACACACACACACACAUUGAUGUUAAAGUCCUGUUCCUCCGUAAGCACAAUCUGUAGAGUCACUACUCACCUGUCUUCCUGCACAAAGGCCCCGCCACAUUUAGCCACACAUACGUUUAAUGUCAUGAACAACCGAUCAGGUGAAGCAGAUUUAAAGGCUUAUCCAGCAGAUUUUAGGCAGUGGAGGUUUAAAUGCUUGCUUGCUGUUUGGGUUUGGUUUUAAAAAAAGGUUUAGAGGAAUUUUAUUUCGAGUAAAAUUUAAACACAAAUGUAUAAUAUGAGAUCAUCAGGAAGUAAACCGUUAUCUAAACUGACACGGUUAGGAUUAGCAGCACAGGAGGGGACGGUGUUUCCACAGAGGCAAACAAAGGGUCAUGUUUUGAUUUAUUGUUUUUUUACUCCCUUUGGCAGGCUUGGACAACACAGUGAAAUGCCAAUAAAAUUAUCCCAUUUUGUAUACUGAGCAAAGCUGACGCAGCCUGUGCAUGGCAGGAGUGGAAGCCAGGAAGUAAUAAGACCCCAGUAAAGCUUUUCAGCUAACUCGCGGUGAAAUAAGACCCUGGCUUGAUAUCAUUCGUCCACUGCAAGGGACAACGUCUCCUCCUGGAUUCAUGUUAGGACAGCUUGUACGAACGUGUGUCACAGUAGCAUAGAGUUGAGCAUUAGACACAUCCAUCCAUCCAUCGUCUGCUGCUUAUCCUGCGUACAGGGUCGCGGGGGGGUGGGGGCUGGAGCCAAUCCCAGCUUGCAUUAGACAUAAUAAAAUGUAUUUAACGUCUGAAAUGAAUGAGCUUCUUUUGCACAUGAAUUAAUACAAAUAUAAAAAAAGAGUUGGCAUAGAAUUUUUUAGGAAUUUAUUGUAUCUAUAUAACGAUUAUCUCCUUUUUGUAUCUGCUCCUCUUCUCUAUCUGUAUGUUCGUCUGUCUGCCUUUGUUUAAUGAGACUUGAUAGACAAAAAAAAGGUUGCGAUGCACUACAGAACUUGCAUGUUUUGACUUUUUUUUUAUAAAUGUAUAUUCAUUUUACGCAAUAUAUAUAACUGUAUUGUUUAAUUUUGAGGAGGAGGGAAAAAAGUCUUUUUAGAUGUUUCCCAAACCAAAAACUGAAAAUAUGUGUAUGUUUGAAACAAACAAAAAAAAUGUGUGCGUAUAAACGAUCAUAUAAUCGAACUGUAUUACCAAGUGUGUUUUUCUUUAGGCUUUCUGACAUCGUCACUGUUUGGAGGGGUGUACAUAGAUGCAUUGCUACAACCUUAUUCAAAGCAUUUGCCAAUGAAUAAAAAAAAAAGUUGCCUUUAAAA